UGGCCAGAGCCGCCUCAGUCCCGGGACCCGAGGGCGGCGCGACCGGCCCUAAAAGCUGUGCGCUUCGUUUCCGCCCAGACUUCUGUGAGCCGUCGGGAUGUGGCUCUCCCUGGUGCUGCUGUUGGUGCUGCUGCUGCUCGCGGGCGUCCGCCGUGUCUACUUGGGGCUGUUCGCCGGGCGCUCCCCGAACCCCUUCUCGCAGGACGUCAAGCRGCCGCCCGCGCCCCUGGUGACCGACAAGGAGGCCAGGAAAAGGGUUCUUAAGCAAGUUUUCUCAGCAAGUCAAGUGCCAGAGAACCUGGAUGUGGUGGUGAUUGGCAGUGGCAUUGGGGGCCUGGCUGCAGCUGCGAUUCUGGCGAAAGCUGGCAAGCGAGUCCUGGUCUUGGAGCAGCACACCAAGGCAGGGGGCUGUUGUCAUACCUUUGGCAAAAAUGGCCUUGAGUUUGACACAGGGAUCCAUUAUAUUGGGCACAUGGAGGAGGGCACCUUUGGCCGCUUUAUCUUGGACCAGAUUACUGAAGGGCAGCUGGACUGGGCUUCUCUGUCCUCRCCUUUUGACACAGUGGUACUAGACAGGCCCAGUGGCCGAAAGGAGUUCCCCAUGUACAGCGGGAAGAAAGCAUACAUUGAAGGCCUCAAGGAGAAGUUUCCCCAGGAAAAAGAUGUCAUCGACAAGUACAUAAAGCUGGUGAAGGUGGUAGCCGAUGGAGCCAUUCACGCCAUCUUGCUGAAGUUCCUCCCAUUGCACGUGGCCCAGCUCCUCAGCAAGUGUGGGCUGCUGACUCGGUUCUCUCCAUUCCUGCAUUCGUCCACCCAGAGCCUGGCUGAGGUCCUGCAGCAGCUGGGGGCCUCCCCUGAGCUCCAGGCCGUGCUCAGCUACAUUUUCCCCACCUAUGGUGUGACCCCCAGCCGUACCACCUUUUCCAUGCAUGCUCUGCUGGUCAACCACUACCUACAGGGGGCCUUUUAUCCCCGAGGGGGUUCCAGUGAAAUCGCCUUUCAUAUCAUCCCUGUGAUUAAGCAAGCCGGGGGCGCUGUCCUCACAAAGGCCACUGUGCAGACUGUGUUGUUGGACUCAGCUGGGAAAGCCUGUGGUGUCCGUGUGAAGAAGGGACAAGAGCUGGUGGACAUCUACUGCCCCACUGUGGUCUCCAACGCAGGCCUGUUCAACACCUAUGAGCACCUACUGCCGGAGAGUGCCCGCUGUCUGUCAGGUGUGCAGCAACAGCUUCAGAUGGUGCGGCCAGGCCUGAGCAUGUUCUCUGUCUUCAUCUGCCUGCGCGGGACCAAGGAGGAGUUGGGUCUGCAGUCCACCAACUACUAUGUUUAUUUCGACAUCAACAUGGAUAAGGCGAUGGAGCGCUACAUCUCCAUGCCCAGGGAGAAGGCUGUGGAACACAUACCCCUCUACUUUGUUGCUUCCCCUUCAAGCAAGGACCCGACCUGGCCCGGCCGCUUCCCAGACCGGUCCACGCUGACUGUGCUGAUACCCACCGCCUACGAGUGGUUUGAGGAGUGGCAGGAGGAGCCGCAAGGGAAGCGGAGCCACGACUAUGAGACCCUCAAAAGCUCCUUUGUUGAAGCCUCCAUAUCCRUGAUCCUUAGACUGUUCCCACAGCUGGAGGGGAAGGUGGAGAGUGCCACGGGAGGGUCCCCACUGACCAAUCAGUUCUUCCUGGCUGCUACCCGAGGGGCMACCUACGGGGCCGACCAUGACCUGGACCGCCUGCACCCUUACGUGAUGGCUUCCAUCAGGGCCCAGAGCCCCAUCCCCAACCUCUACCUGACAGGCCAGGACAUCUUCACCUGUGGGUUGAUGGGGGCCCUGCAAGGGGCACUGCUGUGCAGCAGUGCCAUCCUGAAGCGGAACCUAUACUCAGACCUCAAGGAUCUCGGCUCAAGAGUGCGGGCCCAGAAGAAGAUGAUGUAGUUCCUUAGGGACAAUGAGUGGCCCYUGCACCUGCCCUGACCCACCUGUAAUGCCUUUACUGCACUGUUAAUUCUUUGCACACAGAAAGCACUAAUUGCACUGAUUUCUGAACACACUUCUCCAGUGGAGCUCUUCCUUAYCUCUGAGGACAUAUCUUUCCUCCUCAAGUGGCCAGGCUGCUGAUGUGGACAGUYUGAGGCUCAGAUAGGUGGUGCUGUGGUAGAAAGUCGGUCGGGACUAGGAUGUGAGCAAAGCCCAGGGAUGACACCURUAGUUUGCUGGUACAUAUCCAAGUUGUUCAUCCCCCAUGCCCCCCCUUUUGAUUUGGGGUAUCUGUACACAAUGAGAUGCYUUAGGGAUGGGACCUAGUUCUAAACAAUUAAUUUUGCAGUGCUGRUGAUGGAACUCAGGGCCUUGUGUAUGCCAGGCAAAUGCUCUGCCACUGAGCUGYACCCCAGGUCAAAAAUUGCAUUCAUGUUUCAUAUAUACCUUAUAUACAAACCAAGAGUAAUUUUAUGAUACUUGGAACAAUUUUUUUUUUGCAUUUUGACUUCUUGUCACAUGAGGUCACAAUGGCACUCAGAAAACUUUGUAAAAUCCAAGRAUUCUUGAUGUCAGUAAGGGAUGCUCAGCCAAAGAUUAAGAAAGAUACCAUUUUCCCUUAUUACCCGAAUCACCAAGUGUCUUAUUUUAGUACACUUUAAUACAGAAUUAAUAAAUGUAAUGGUUUCAUUGCUUUAUCUGAAAUUUAUUUUGGUUUCCAUUYAGUGACAAAACCACAUUGAGAUGGCAUUUACAGAAGCUCAUUAAAACAUGUACUGAAAAAUAUCAUUACACCAAAUAAGCUUUAAAAAAAUAAAAUUAUGUAAUUAAGUUACAAAGAACUGAAAAUAUAAAACAGUGCUAAACCAUGACAACCUAUUCAUUGGGCAAACAAAGGGAAACAAUUUCAAUAGUUGAUCAUGUACUUAUCCCACUAGUUUAUGAAUUAAAUGAACACCUAUCAGAGUGUGAGGGCCUGGCUCUGUGGGCAGCUUGAAAUACUGUGCAGCUCAGUUCCAAGCCCAUUACAGAGGGGUUUCCAAGUUGGAAUACUUAGAAUCCACAUCUGACUUGGGGAACUGCGGAGGUGAGUCACUCUUGGCUAAGUGAAGCCUCAACGUCUCUUUCCAACAWUCCUGCUUAAGCAAGGCAAUGCCAAGUGCAGGCUUCCUGGCAAGGGCUUUCAGAACGGGUAAGCACAGGGCUGGUGUGUGCACGCCCGUGUGCCCAACUGGUGCAUAAUGUGAUGGGAACAGGGACUAGAGAAGAACAUGAGCAUCACCACUGGGAAUUUUGGAGGCAGAGUUCUAUCAUCAAAUGUUGAAAAGACAGGGAAAAACAUGUCAGUAUGUGCAGCUAAGUGUCAGGUCUUUCUGAGUUGCCUCAGCCUUUCCAGAGAGCUGGGUCUUYAAUGCCUGAGGACUCUAGACAGUCCAGUCCCUAAUGUAUAGCCCCUUCCUCCUAACAGCAAAGGAAGCCCACGGCCAUCUCCACAGGGGGCCUCUUGUGGCUCCACCCCAGCCCCUGGCUUGAGACCCCUCAAUAGGUCAUCCCCAUCCACACCAGCUUGGGAAAACAUGCUUCCAAUAUAU